AUGGUUGACCUACAUCCUGGGUACUUUUCUUAUCCAGUUAACGAUUAUUCUAUUGAAGGAAAUUAUGAAGAGAACAUUUUUGAUUCAAUGAAAGGAAGAGAACUGGAAUACACCAAGACACUCAAAUUUCUCGUCUCCAUAGACCUUUCGAACAAUGGCAUUGUUGGAGAGAUUCCAAACGAGUUAAUGGAUCUUUCUGGAUUGCUCAACUUGAAUUUAUCUGGAAAUCAUCUAAUAGGAAGGAUCCCUAAUAAUAUUGGCAAUUUGACACAAAUGGAAUCUCUUGAUUUGUCUCGAAACAAACUUUCUGGCCCCAUUCCUCUAACUCUGUCUAGUUUAAGCUACCUAGGUCAUUUGAACAUGUCAUUCAAUAAUUUAUCAGGGCGAAUACCAACGGGAAAUCAACUUUGA